GCAAGCGACGCUUCGUCCUCCGCCAUCUUCACUCUCCUCGGCUUGUUCCUCCACGACACCACCGCUCAGAUCGAUAUUGAGUGCUCGCCCAUCUCCGCCACUGGCCUCGCUAGAGCCAACGCCUGCCAGGUUCAGCCCGUGCGCUGCGAAAGCAACAACACCGCGAGUGUCUGUGUCUCGGGAGUUCAGGAUGCUAGUUAG